AUGGGGCCUCCACGUGUAUGUGACGAGACGGCAGUGCGACAGCGAUCGGACUCCAAGAGGAGAGCAGAACGCACCACUUUUCUUGAGAUCCUGCAUCAUCUAAAGAUAAAGUCCCCGGAAAGGAUUGUUUUCCACUCUACAAAUUCCCCCAAGAGCCUCCUAAGAUAUCAAUAUCCUUGCCGACAAACUGGCAGAGGGGAGGUAGCUGUGGAGACCAAGGAAUGUCGUGGUGGCCUCAGACAAGAUGACAACGGCUGGAGACCCUGGGGAAUCCAGACUAUGGUGAAUGAGUUCUUGUUCUCUGUGUUCCCGACCUCUCAUCAAGGUGGCCUCCUGUUUUUCAUCCCCCCUGCUUCUCGCCUAUGGGAUUCAUCAUCCACUGGGAACCUGGUGAUAGUCAUUGUGGUCCAGCUGGACAUGGCCCUGCACACUCCCAUGUACUUCUUCAUCAGUGUCCUCUCCUUCCUGGAGGUCGGGUACACCACGACCACCAUCCCCAAGAUGCUCUCCAGCCUGGUCAAUGAGCAGAAGACCAUCUCUCUGGCCGGCUGCCUCCUGCAGAUGUACUUCUUCCACUCCCUGGGCAUCACGGAAGGCUGUGUGCUGACAGCAAUGGCCAUUGACAGGUACGUCGCCAUCUGCAGUCCUCUCCGUUACCCGACCAUCAUGACUCCCAAGCUGUGCACCCAGCUAACAGCUGGGUCCUGCCUCUGUGGCUUCCUCCUUGUGCUCCCUGAGAUCGCGUGGAUUGCCACCUUGCCUUUCUGUGGCCCCAACCGGAUCCAGCAGAUCUUCUGUGACUUCACACCUGUGUUGAGCUUGGCCUGCACAGACACAUCGCUGGUGGUCAUCGUGGACGCUAUCCACGCAGUGGAGAUCGUGGCCUCCUUCCUGGCCAUCGCCCUAUCCUACGUCCGGAUCAUCGUGGUGAUUCUGGGGAUGCCCUCUGCCGAGGGCCGCCGCAAGGCCUUCUCCACCUGUGCCGCUCACCUUGCUGUGUUCCUGCUCUUCUUCGGCAGUGUGGCUGUCAUGUAUCUGCGGUUCUCAGCCACCUACUCAGUGUUUUGGGACACAGCAAUUGCUGUCAGCUUUGUAAUCCUUGCUCCCUUCCUCAACCCCAUUAUCUACAGCCUGAGAAACAAGGACAUGAAAGAUGCUAUUAGAAGGUUUUUCUGCCGUCGGAGGAGGGCUGGUGGGGUCAGGGGGUAG